AUGCCAAAUGAUGUUACCAUCAAUAUGUUUGUCAGAUUAAAGGGCUACUUGGCAUGGAUCUUUGACGAGUACAUGGUAUUUUACACACAAUCUUGUUUUCUCUCUCCACUUCUUCUCUUUUGGCUUCAAGCUAAUUUAAAAAGAGCCUGUCAGAUUUUGAUACUACUCGCUACCUCACUCUAUCUUCAACACAACCAACCCAACAAAUUCGUAACCCGAACCCCUCUUUCUAGUGGUGUUCAUAGCUCAAAAUCAGGUUAA